AUGACCGAAGAUGUAACUGCGGCCGGCGGCGCCGCGGCACCCGCACAGGAGAGUCUUAUGGAUCGUUUGUGGCCCGUACUGCGCAUGGUAUGCAUAUACUAUGCUAUUACGUCCGUCAUGAGCAUGUUCGUGCCGAAACUGCCACAGCACGUGCAUUCCGACGUCCAAGACGUCGAUGUCCAAAAUGCGGACAACCCGAAUAGUGGUCCCUCUCAACUUCAACUUUUAACAAACUCGUUUCACUUGAGUGACGCAAUAAACUUGAGAGUGUAUGUCACUCCUGACCAACACUUUUCAUUCGCAGACGACGCCGUGGAGAGGGAGCAAGAGACGCUGCGAUGGUUUCAAGACGCACUUACAUACGAUGCUACACCCAACCCGAAGCGUGAAGACGGCGUGUGGGCUUGUCAUAUAAACAUCACAGUUGAUGACCAUUUGCUGACGAACGGCUCCUUAUACGCACACGUGUUUGUGACCAAGGACGGCUACUCGCCCAACCCAAUAGACAGUACGUACGACGCCAUGAGUUCCGUCCACCGCUCCAUUGAGCUCACGGCCUUCCGUCCACCGCCCAAGACUGUCAAGAAACGCAAUUUGCUGGAGAUGAAAGAGGAGAAAGAGCCAGAGCAGCAGCAGUCGGAUACUGACGCGUACAUUACAAUGUGGAAACCUUCAUUUUAUGUGAAUGUGGUGUUAGAUCACACAACGUACUCGACACAUCAACCACCACCGCUGCUUGUGUCAACGGAGAUGGACAUGGAUAAAGAAGCAGGAUUGUAUUCGCCGGUGCUAUUCCUGAAUGAUUUCUGGCUCCUGGAGGAGCAUCUUAUCCCUAUAAACGACACACUGACGACGUUACCGCUAGACAUUUCAUUCUACCCAUUGCCUAUGUACAAGUACGCACUGUACACGCAAAUGGAGCAAAACUUUCGCAACCAGGAGGCUACAGGCGCGUCCUCGAAACGAGAAACGGACAAUAUGAAGAGCAUCUUUCUUGAGACAAACCCUUAUCUGCUGGCAGUGACGGUGAUGGUGUCACUGCUGCACUCGCUCUUUGAUUUUCUGGCAUUCAAAAACGACAUCAGUUUUUGGAAGAAUCAGAAGUCGCUUGUGGGCUUAUCGCUGCGUUCCAUCGCACUCAAUACGUUCUUCCAGCUCGUAAUCUUCUUGUACCUGAUGGACAAUGACACGUCGUGGCUGAUCCUUGUUCAGUCAGGUAUUGGUCUUGUCAUUGAAGUGUGGAAGAUUAAAAAGGCCCUUGUUGUUUCGCGUGACGCCAAUAACAGACUUGUUGUGUCGGGCGUGGAGAGUUACGAAGACUCACCAACUGCUGAACACGACCGCGUGGCAGUGGCUCACUUGUCGUAUGUUCUGUACCCACUGAUUAUUGGUCAAGCUGUUUACACGCUCAUGUAUGGUGUGCACAAGAGCUGGUACUCGUGGGUCGUUUCGAGCCUAACGAGUUUCGUGUACGCGUUUGGGUUUAUCAUGAUGACCCCGCAGUUGUACAUCAACUACAAGCUAAAAUCGGUGGCGCACUUGCCGUGGCGUGCCAUGGUGUAUAAGUCACUGAACACGUUUAUCGAUGAUUUGUUUGCUUUCGUGAUCAAGAUGCCGUGGAUGCACCGUCUGAGCUGCUUUCGUGAUGAUCUUAUCUUUUUUAUCUACCUGUACCAGCGUUGGAAGUACCCGGUGGAUGCUAAGCGCACAAAUGAGUUUGGUCAGGGUCCCGUUGAAGACGAAGAUGUAUCUAAUGCUAUUGAAGGUGCUGCUAGAUCUGCUAACGGCAACCCAGAGUUGAUAACUGAUGCGACCCCAGAGUCUGUUGCUGCUGCUGUUGAUGAAACGGAGGAGGUUCCACCUCCGCCGUCUACCCCUCCAUCCACAGAGUAUCUAAUGUCCAAGCGUGCCAACACACUUGAGGAGACUGCGAGGCUGGCGGAGUAG